AUGGGUGUUGACUAUUACAAGCUUCUUCAGGUUGAUAGGAACGCUAAAGAGGAUGAUUUGAAGAAAGCUUACAGAAAACUCGCUAUGAAGUGGCACCCUGACAAAAACCCUAACAACAAAAAAGAAGCGGAAGCCAAAUUUAAGCAAAUUUCUGAAGCUUAUGAUGUUCUGAGUGAUUCUCAGAAGAGGGCUAUCUAUGAUCAAUAUGGGGAAGAUGGUUUGAAGGGUCAAAUGCCACCACCAUCGGAAGCUUUUAGUGGUGGUGGACAUAGUUAUUAUUCCCCUGGAGAUAUACCGUCUUCGUUUCGGUUCAAUCAGCGGAAUGCUGAUGAUAUAUUUGCUGAGUUUUUCGGGGUUUCAAGUCCCUUUGGGGGGAUGGGAGGGAUAGGAAGAGGGGCGGGUGGUUCGGGUGGCAUGGGAGUAAGGCUUCCGAAUGGCGUCUUUGUUGAGAAUGUGUUUGGAUCCUUUGGGGAUGGAGGAGGAAGUGGAGCUCAUGCGCAUCAUCAAAGUGCUCCUCGUAAGGCACCGUCUAUUGAGAACAAAUUGCCGUGUGCUCUUGAGGAUAUAUAUAAAGGGACCACAAGGAAGAUGAAGAUCACCAGAGAAGUUAUUGAUGUUCAUGGCAAACUCAUGCAGUUGGACGAGAUCUUGACGAUCAACAUCAAACCUGGUUGGAAGAAGGGCACAAAGAUCACCUUCCCGGAGAAGGGAAACGAGCAUCCAAAUUCAAUACCAGCUGAUAUCGUGUUCGUGAUUGAUGAAAAACCACACAGCGUCUUCACCCGGGAAGGAAAUGAUCUGAUUGCCACUCAGAAGAUCUCUCUUGCAGAAGCAUUAUCCGGUUGUACAGUGAAUCUCACCACACUCGAUGGUAGAAACUUGACUAUAGUUGUCAACAAUGUCGUUCAUCCGGAGUACGAGGAAGUUGUUCCAAGAGAAGGAAUGCCACUGCCAAAGGAUCCAACAAAGAAGGGAAACUUGAGGAUAAAGUUCAACAUCAAAUUCCCAUCUCGGCUCAAUGCGGAUCAGAAGUCGGGAUUGAAGAAAUUCUUGGCUACAUAA